AUGAUAGCGAGACAAAGACAAACCCUCACAAAACCCCUGCAAAACCUCCUCCUCCGCUUCCUCACAACCGAGUCGACUCCUCCCCGACUCGCCAACCCACCGUCCCCAGUCGACCCGGCCCACCUCCUCCGCGUCUGUACCAUCCUCUACCAACAACAGAACUCGCCGGAGCCGCGCCUCCACUCCAAUCUCAACUCACUCAGCUUCAACCUCACCCACGAGUUCUUCCUCCAAGUCUGCAACAACUUCCCUCUCUCAUGGCGUCCCGUCUAUCUCUUCUACCAGUACACCCAGCAGGCCAACCCCACUUUCGCCCACACCGCAGUUUCGCUGAACAAAAUGCUCGACGUCGUCGGAAAGUCCCGGAACAUCGAUCUGUUCUGGGAGUUGAUCAAUGAGAUGGGACGGCGUCGUUUGGUUAAUCAUGCCACCUUCAUCAUUGCGUUGAAAACUCUUGCUAAGGCUAGAGAGUUGAAGAAAUGCGUGGAGUUUUUUCAUGUCAUGAGUAGUCGUGGAAUCGAGUGUGAUAAGGAGAUUUUGAACAAGGUGGUUAAGAGUCUUUGUGGGUUGAGACUUGUGGAGGAGGCUAAGUUUGUGGUGUUUAAGUUGAAGGAGAUGAUUGGGGUUGAUGGGGUUACUUAUAAGUGUUUGAUUGAUGGGUUUUGUGAUGUGGGGGACCUGGUUGAGGCUUCCAAGAUUUGGAACUUGAUGGUGGAUGAAGGGUUUGAUCCUUGUGUUGGUGCUGUUGAGAAGAUGAUGGAGACUCUUUUUAAAACGAAUCGGGAUGUCGAGGCCAUGACGCUGUUUCAGAUGAUGAGGGUGAAGAGGAUGGGGGACUUGGGGCUUUCGAGUUAUAGGCUUGUGAUUGAGUGGAUGUGUAAGAAGGGGAAGGUUGAGAAUGCACGUGUUGUGUUUGAUGAAAUGCGCGAGAGAGGGAUUGAGGCGGAUAGCUUGACGUUGGGGGCACUGGUUUAUGGUCUUUUGGCGAGGAGGAGAGUCAACGAGGCUUAUGGGAUUGUGGAAGGGAUUGAGAAGCCGGAUAUCAGUGUGUACCAUGGGUUGAUGAAGGGGCUGUUGAGGUUGAAAAGGCCAGGGGAAGCGACGCAAGUGUUUAGGGAGAUGAUCAAGAGGGGGCGUGAGCCUAACAUGCACACAUAUGUCAUGUUAUUGCAGGGGCAUAUGGGAAAGAGAGGGAGGAAGGGGAAGGAUCCGCUUGUGAAUUUCGACACUAUUUUCGUUGGGGGUUUGGUUAAGGCAGGGAAGUCAUUGGAAGCCACCAAGUAUGUGGAGAGAGCGACAAAAAGAGGGCUUGAGGUACCUAGAUUCAAUUAUAACCAGUUUUUGCAUUACUACUCUAAUGAGGAAGGGGUGGCAAUGUUUGAGGAGGUGGGGAAGAAAUUAAGGGAGGCCGGGAUGGUUGAUUUGGCGGAUAUUUUCCAGAGAUAUGGGGAGAAAAUGGCGAUGAGAGAUAGAAGAAGAAACAGAGUGGUCGAGCCAUUAGUAGAGGGUUCAUAACCUCAUGUAUUAGGCUGUAGAUUAAAACAAAAUGACUUUCGUGUUUUCAUUCUCAUCUGUAAUCUUACUGAUGAACUUACAAGAACAGUGCCUCUGCAUAUAAUUUCACAUAAUUUGGGAACAUUCUUGAAAAAGA